AACGCGGCGAUGAUCGCGGAAACCGACGACGGAUGUCCGAUUUUGAGCUAAUUUCACGCCUUCUCUUCCGAGUUUAGCUUGCACAAUGGAGUGAAGAUUCUAACCCUCUUUGUCCAGCUACGAUGAGCAGCAGACAGCAGCAGAAGAUGACCCCGGAGCACGGACUGAGCAUGCUCCCCCUGCUCAGCCCGUUGCUCCUUUCUACGGCUGCCCCGUCUGCGGCCGCCAUGUCCCGUCAUGCUCCGAGCGAGAGAGCCGCGCACAGCCCAGCCCCGCCGGGAGGCACUCCCAUGCUCUACUCCAAGAUGCAGGCAAUAGCCCAGAGGAUGUUACAUUCUGAGCAAGGAGUGCCCAUCAAGUCUUACAAACGGAGACUCAUUUCGGCCAUACCUUCCGCUUUCACUGGCUCCGAUCUGGUGGUCUGGCUUAUGAGCAACCUCAACCUGGACUCUAAAGAGGCCGUCCAUUUCGGAAGGAUGAUGGUGGCUCACGGCUAUUUCUUCAGCGUCGAGGGCUCCGUUGCUCUCAGGGACGACGGAACUCUCUUUAGGUUUCAGACACCUUACUACUGGCCUUCACAGAACCCAGUCACCACCGAUUUCGAAUAUGGUGUGUAUCUGGUGAAGCAGGUUCUCAGGAGCAAAAACAAAAUCAGGCUUCUGGACUAUGAACUGACCAACCUCCACAAGAUGAAACCCAAGCUCGCCAAUGCCUGGAGGGAUGUGACAAAUAAAGCCGAAGAGGCUGUAAAGAUCUAUAGAGAGCAGAAGAGAGUGGCUCGAGCUAUCAUGAAUUCUCAGGAGGAGGCGUUCUGGAGACUCCACAGACCUGCACCAAACGAGAGUUGCGUUGGAGAGUCUCUGCUGACCAGACACUUCUGUCAGAGACCCAGCUGGCAUCAGCAGGCGGUGACGGAGGGAGUUCUGAGAGCAGAGGUCCGGUUCCUGCGUCGCUAUUCCGUGCUUCCGCGGGUCCACAUCUCCAUCGCAGUGGAGAGUCUCAUCGGACACUGCUGCAAGUACCGCGAGUUUGACCCCAUGUUGACCCCCGUAUCGCCUAGCAACCCCUGGAUAUCGGGCGACGAAACUCUCUGGGAUGUUGAAAGAUCGCUUAUGGAUACCCCUAAUGAGUGGCAGCUGCGUCGCUGGGCGUGCUCCUUCUCAGACCUCCUCAACGACGUGACCGGUCGCUACCACUUCGAGAAGUUCUGCAAGAAACAGUUCUGCUCCGAGAACAUAAAGUUCUGGCAGACCGGUCGCGACCUUCGCUCCAUCCCUCUCUCCGCCGUCGAGGGCUCUGUCAAACUGAUAUACGAUGAGUUCCUGCAACGAGGAGCCAGCAGGGAGGUGAACGUGAGUGCCAAGGUGCAGGAGGAAGUGGAGAAGGAUUUGAAAUCUCCGUCACGCUAUUCCUUCACCGCCGCACAGGAGCAGAUCUACCAGUUGAUGCAGAACGACAUCUAUCCAAGAUUUGUCAAGUCGUCCCCAGUACACCGACAUGGUGAAGGCAGCAAACAGCAUUACCUCACAGGGAAGAAGCAGUAUACUGUCGCGACUGAGGGUUACUGGGACGGGUCCUCGGAGAACAAAGGCACAGACUCUGUCACGUGACAUGAACUUCACCAGCCCUUGUCUCCCCGAGAGGUUCACCAGAAGACAGCUAAGCAUCUCCCACAGUCACCCAUCCAGUAGUGUGUCAAUGGACGACAUCUACCUGGCUGCCGGCCCCUCCCUCGCAGCCUCCCCCUACACUGCCAAUUUCAUUGAUGCUCUCAUGGCCCCCAGGGGGCGGCCCCUCUCAUUAAGGAGAGAUUCGGCCCCCAUUACCUCUGUGGCAAAGACUGGGGUGGAGGUGAGGUCAAAUGACUCGUCAAUGGACCGUGUUUUUGAGGAGAAAGAGGAGGAAGAGGGGGAGGGGGAGAGGGAAAGAGGAGGAGCAGGGGGAGGGAGGGGAGGGCUGGGCGUGGAGCCAGUCCUAGCCACAUCUUACAGCGCCAAUGAUGUCAGUCACCUGCGGGAGGAAGAUGGCUCUCUGCAGAUACUUGUCCCCAGUGUGACAAAGACCUCCACAGGCGAUGGGCACCUGAAAGUGAACGGGUCUAUCCCGGAGAGUCGAAGCAUCCCCUACCAACCGAGCGACCAAAAAGAGACGCUUCUUCACAUUCCUAACUUCCUACCACCCAUGCCCAACACACCCAAACUGAACCUUGACAUCAACAUGUCCCCGCGAGGAACGACUUCGUUUGAAUUCGAGAGCAUCAAUUUGCGGAAGGUGGAUCCUGGUUUCCUACACAGUAGCACAGAGAGUAUGCACUCUACUGCCAGCAACUAGCUGGGGGGAGGGGGAGGGAGUGGAUUUGAAGAAUUGGGGAGGUUGGGAUGGAGUGAAAAGUGUGGAACUCAGAUUGUGUGUAACUAGAUGACUGCUGUUGUUUUGCUAUAGUUCAGCAUUCCAUGCAUGUUUGUGUGUGUUUGUGUGUAAGUUUGUGAAUUGCUUUAUAUAUACAUGAUGCAACUGUUAGUUUGUGG